CGGAUUUCUAUAUAUAAAAGUAAGACGAUAGAAGCAAACCAAAUCAAGGAAAUUGUGAGUUAAUGAUACAGAAAUUGGAAUUGAAGAACAUGACAGAGAAGCUCCUUUUAUUUUUCCUUUCAUUUAUUUGCUUGGCAAAAGCGAGUACCUUAACCCCAUCCCCGCCCUCCAACAUUCACAACAAAACUCAAAGUCCAAAACAUUUUGUGUUGAUACAUGGAGCCUGCCAUGGGGCAUGGAGUUGGUAUAAGGUGGCGACUCUUCUGAGGAACUCUGGUCACAAUGUAACAGCUCUAGACUUGGGAGCAUCCGGGAUCAACCCGAUUCAGGUACAACAACUCCCUUCGUUAUCGGAAUUCGUCGAACCUUUGACAAAGGUCAUGGUGUCUCUACCACCAAAUGAAAAGGUUAUCCUCGUGGGUCACAGCUUGGGUGGAGCCGUAAUAUCUAUUUUCAUGGAGAGAUUUCCUGAGAAAGUUGCUGCUGCGAUAUUUGUCACAGCUGUCAUGUAUGGUCCUACUCUCAAUUUCUCAACUGCAUCUGCAGAGGUUACCAAAGGAAGGCAAUUUAUGGACACUCAAUACAGAUAUGACAACGGGACCAACAACCCUGCAACCUCCCUUCUCCUGGGGCCUAAGGACAUGGCGACAAUCUUGUACCAGCUCUCCCCACCACAGGAUUUAAAUCUAGCGUUAUCGUUGGUAAGAUUUUUUCCUUUAUAUAAUUAUGAUGUAAUAAAACUCACGAAAGAGAAGUAUGGAUCAGUUUUUAGAGUAUUCAUCGUGGCCAACCAAGAUCAUGCGAUUGCGUUGGAUGUGCAAAAUUACAUGAUCAAGAAGAAUCCCCCAAAUGAAGUGAAAGUGAUAAACGGUUCUGAUCACAUGGUCAUGUUCUCUAAACCAGUGGAGCUGUUCUGCCACCUCCAAAGUAUUGCUGAGAAGCAUUCAUAAAAACAUGGACGGACAUGAUUAAUUCAGGCAUACUA